UUAAGCCCACACUUUCUCUCCUCUUCUUCUCCAUACCCUUUGCUCUCUUUUGCCUGUUCUUCUCUGGGAAACCAGAAAGAUUGAGUCUUGAUAACAGUCUUGCUUGCAUGGCUUUGAUCUGUGAAAAUGGUGUAGCUUAAAUUAGUCUUGUCUUUGUCAGUACAAAGUUUGUGUGUGUUUUUUUUUUUUUUUUUUGUUUUUUUCGUUUGUUGUUGUUUUUUGUUUGUGAUCAGAAAUGGCUCCGGCGAACAACUGGCUGUCGUUCUCGCUUUCCUCCAUGGGAAUGCUGAGUUCGUCGGCGUCGCCGGCGUCUUCGCAGCUCCGUCAUGAGCCCGGCGCCGUUAAAAUUAACGCGCCGUUUGCCGCUUCCGAUUCGCCCCAUUAUUACUUUGCUGAUCAUAUCUAUGGCGGCAACGGUUGGACGAACGGGAAAGCUCAGAUGAUGUAUGGGGAGGAUGGGAAUGUGGAGGCUCAAAUCCACCACCUCCCUCCGCCGCCGCAGCCGCAGCAGAAGCAGCUGGAGGAUUUCCUCGGCGGCGACACGGUGGCGGCGGCGUUGGCUCGCUACUCCAACAGCCGGACGGAGACUCAAGACUCGUCACUCACCCACGUCUCCGCCGCCGCCGCCACGGCGGCGUACUUUAACAACCGGGAAAAUCUGCAGGCCAUACCCGGAAUUCAGGCGUUCACCACAAACUCCGGCGGCUCCGACGUCGACGACUCCGCCGCCGUCCCCCGGACUCAGCCCAUCGCCGCCGCCGCCGACUUCACCGGCAAUUCCAUCGCCUCAGUGACCGCCCUCCCCUACUCCCAAUGCCCCACCGGCGCUCUCUCUCUCGCCGUCAACCCCCAGACGGCCGAACCCGCCAUUGUUUCCGGCGACUCCGACACCGCCAAGAAAACCCCGGACACCUUCGGCCAACGAACCUCAAUCUACCGAGGCGUUACAAGACACCGCUGGACAGGAAGGUACGAAGCGCAUCUAUGGGAUAACAGCUGUAGACGAGAGGGUCAAGCCAGAAAAGGGCGUCAAGUGUAUUUGGGCGGUUAUGACAAGGAGGAUAAGGCUGCGAGGGCGUAUGAUUUGGCUGCUCUGAAGUACUGGGGUGCUACAGCCACCACCAACUUCCCGAUUUCGAACUAUAACAAUGAACUGGAGGAUAUGAAGAACAUGACUAAGCAGGAAUUCAUUGCCUCUCUUAGAAGGAAAAGCAGUGGUUUCUCGAGAGGAGCAUCGAUUUACCGUGGUGUGACAAGGCACCACCAGCAAGGGCGUUGGCAAGCAAGAAUUGGUCGUGUUGCUGGGAACAAAGACCUGUACCUCGGAACAUUUGCAACCGAGGAGGAAGCUGCAGAGGCGUAUGAUGUUGCUGCAAUAAAGUUCAGGGGAAUGAGUGCAGUGACUAACUUCGAGAUGAGCAGAUACGACGUUGAUACCAUUCUGAGGAACGCCCUUCCCAUUGGCGGGGCAGCAAAGCGCCUUAAGCUCUCUCUGGAGCCCGAGCAGACCUCCCCCGCUCUCAGUGGCAGCAGCAGCCACCCGAGCCAAGGCAGCAGCAACAGCAACAGCAGCAGCAUCAAUUUCGGGGCAAUCCCGCCUGUCUCUGCCAUUCCCUGUGGCGUCUCGUUCGACUCCUCUGCUUCACUGUACCACCACCCGACCCUCUUCCACCACCUCCACUCCGGUGGCAAUGCUGGUGGCUCUGACCUCUCUGGCGACAUCUCCAACAUCCCGUUUCAGACCACCCCAACUGAGUUCUUCGUCUGGUCUCACCCAUCCUAUUAACAUGAAAACGAGCCUAGCCAAGCUAGCUCGCGACUUGGCAUCUUUAGCAGCUAUGUUCUGCUAGUAUAGGACCUCUCUCUCUUGUUUAUUGAACCAAUAUUUAAGUAAACUGACCGCUCAUCUGACCCGAAGAAAAAAAAAAA